AUCUAUCCGUCGACACAAGACAAGGGAAGCGCAAUAGAGACAGAACAUAACACGCUUUUGCUUUCGCAAUAGAAACACCCACUUUCCUCGAAACUUCAGAAACAGUUCAGGAUAUGAAACGACGAAGCGCCCUUUAAAAAGUUCUCAUCUUUGAAUCCCGGAUCUACCCUUCUCUGGUUUCCACUUCGUUUACCCUCUCCUCCGAAAACCUCUGGUUCCCCCCGAUCGGUGAUGUAUUGAAAAGCGGGAGAGAGAUGUUGUGCUGGAAGGGUUCUUCGGUUAGGCGGAAGGAGAAAACCGCCCUGCUUCCGGUUUACCUGAAUGUCUACGAUCUAACUCCUAUGAAUGCUUAUGGUUACUGGCUCGGACUCGGUGUCUUUCAUUCUGGUGUUGAAGUUCAUGGAGUUGAAUAUGCAUUUGGAGCACAUGAGGCUCCAAGCACAGGCAUCUUUGAAGUGGAGCCAAAGAAGUGUCCUGGUUUCACGUUUAGGAAAUCGAUUCUUGUGGGGAAAACAGACAUGGCUGCGAAAGAAGUCCGUGUCUUUAUGGAGAAGCUAGCUGAAGAGUAUCGAGGGAACAAGUACAAUCUCAUCUCAAGGAACUGCAACCAUUUUUGCAAUGAAGUUUGUGUUAAACUUACUCAGAAACCAAUCCCUAGAUGGGUCAACCGACUCGCUCGCUUAGGGGUUCUAUGUAACUGCGUGUUACCACCGCGCUUCAACGAGACAAAAGUGAGGAGGGUAGUUCAAGGAGAGCUUUCAGAAGAAGAGAGGAAGAAAAGGAGAAACCGAUCUCGAUCAGGUCCUUUACUCUCUACUUCUUCGUCUUCUUCGACACCUGAUAGUCAUCGUUCGCAUAUUCGAGCAAAAUCAACUGGUAAUAAUCCUACUUCUUCAACUUCUUCGUCUACUUCGGGUUCUAAGAAAAGUAAAAAACAAUGUGCACCACCUACUGCACCUAGAGCUCCAGACCAGAAGUCGCCGAGCGUGAGCGUCAAGACUUGAUUCUUAGCAUCAUUAUUUCAACAUUUAAUUAUUGUCUAUU